AUGGAUUUGAAAGUCACUGGUUAUGUUGAUGCAGAUUUUGCAGUUACAGAAACUUGGGACGAAGGGGUACAUCCUCUUCCUGGAUUAAGCCUCGCUCAAAGGCGGUCCAGCUUCUGUGAAAACUCUAUCUCUCUCUCUCUCUCUCUUUCUCCUCCUGGAUUAAGCCUUGCUCAAAGGCGUUCCAACUUUUGUGAACUCUCUCUCUCUCCCCCCCUUCCUACGCUCUCUAUCUUUUUCCCAAAACAUUAUCUUUUAAUUCUGUCUGAAAACCUUUUCUUCUCUGCUAAUUCUCUCACUAAAGAAACCAUGUCUUCCCCAAACGUUUGGGUUUUGAUUGGGUUGGGACUAGCUGGUAUCCUUCUCAUGACUAGAAGGUUUAAGAAGGCCAUUAAGGAAGAUUUUGGUGCUUUUGUUAUGAGGCUUCGGCUUCUCCCUCCUCCUCAACCUGCACCUCCUAAAGCUCCCCACCCCUUAUCUGCACUAUCCUUUGCAGUUAAAGACAUAUUCAAUGUCAAUGGAUAUGUGACUGGGUUUGGGAGUCCAGAUUGGGAAAAGACACAUGAGCCUGCUUCAUGGACAGCACAAGCAGUUUCAGCUGUUGUAGAGGGAGGGGCCACUUGUGUUGGUAAAACUGUCAUGGAUGAAUUGGGACUCAGUAUCAAUGGGGAUAAUGCGCAUUAUGGGACACCGAUUAAUGCUGCAGCUCCAUCACGGAUACCUGGAGGUUCUUCUAGUGGAUCUGCUGUUGCAGUUGCGGCUGAACUAGUAGACUUUUCUCUGGGUACUGAUACUGUUGGUGAUGUGAGAAUACCUGCUGCAUUUUGCAGUAUUUUGGGGUUCCGCCCUUCACAUGGGACCAUCUCUAUGGUGGGUGUAAUUCCCUUGGCGCAAAGUCUUGACACUGUUGGAUUGUUUGCUAGGGAUCCUGCUAUUCUUCGUCGUGUGGGUCACGUUCUCCUGCAACUGUCAUAUACAGAUUCUCGAAAUCCCAGAAAUAUUGUGAUAGCAGAUGACUGUUUUCAACUCAUAAAGAUCCCUGCUAAUCAAAUCACUCAGGUGGUCACUAAAUCUGCAGAGAAGUUGUUUGGAAGACAAGUAUUAAACCAUGUAAACCUUGGCAACUAUAUGGCUUCUAAAGUUCCUAGCUUGAGAAAACUUCCUAACAAGGAGCAGAGAAAUGGUGAAGAGAAGAGUGUGUCUUUAAAAGUGCUUUCAAAUGCCAUGCAGUUUCUUCAAAGGUAUGAGUUCAAAAAAAAUCACGUGGAGUGGAAUAAAUCAACUAAACCUGAUUUAGGUUCAGGAAUAUCCAAUCAUGUACAGGCAGCACUAGAGAUGGAGACUGAAACUGAAAUUAUUGGUCACUGCCAGACAGCAAGAAAUGAAGCUCGCUCUGCUCUUAAUGCACUUUUAAAGGAUGAUGGAAUUUUAGUAAUUCCUACCGUGCCUGGUCCCCCACCAAAGCUUCGUUCUAAGACAACCUUGUUGGAAGACUACCAGUCUCAGGCUUUUACUUUGUUGGCUAUUGCGAGCAUGUCUGGUUGUUGUCAGGUGACCAUACCAUUGGGAUCGCAUGAUAAUUGUCCAGUUUCAGUGUCAUUCAUUGCAAGACAUGGAGGUGAUCGGUUCUUACUAGAUACUGUGCAAGCUAUGUAUGUUACUCUUCAAGAACAAGCUGAUAUAGCUGCUAAGUCCAGUUUGUCACGUGUUCCCAUAAGCAAAGAGGAAUCUGCAGAAAUUGCGAAGGAAAAGGGGAACAUUGCAUACAAAGAGAAGCAGUGGCAGAAAGCCAUAAAUUUGUACUCUGAAGCAAUCAAGCUUAAUGGGAGAAAUGCAACAUAUUAUAGUAACAGGGCUGCUGCAUAUCUGGAGUUAACGAACUUUGUUCUCGCUGAGGCAGAUUGUACCACUGCCAUCGCCCUUGAUAAAAGGAAUGUAAAGGCCUAUCUAAGAAGAGGAACAGCAAGGGACAUGCUUGGUUAUUACAAGGAUGCUCUUGAAGAUUUCAGACAUGCACUUGUUCUAGAACCAACCAACAAGAUGGCAACUCAAGCCUCCAAUAGAUUGAAGAAGUUAUUUGAGUAGAGACCUGGGGGAUAAAAAUUAUUAGAUAGCAGGAAGAUGGGAGAGUCGACAUUCCUACACUGCUUUAUACAAUGGAAGGCAAUCGAUUGGCUUCUUUAGUACGGGCUUGUGCUGGUAAGAUACAUGUUGCUUGGUAAAAUGCAUGUGGUUCAGUUCGAGAUUGGGAGAUUCCCAGAUCCCUAAUUAAGGCUUCUGCAACUCUGAUUUUGCAUGCUAUAUCAGAGGAGUUUUAAGACCUUUCAAUUUUGUCGGCUUUCAGCUCGAAAUUGUAUAAUUGGCCUCAGCUUGUAUUUACUUGGGAGGAAAUUUUUGAUAGCUGGCUGUCUUUGAGGAUCUUCAUGAAUUUUCUUAAUUUUGGUUGCUUAAAAAGUUUUUGCUUUCAAGAGUGUUAGUAUAUUCCAGACGCCUGGUAUAUUUCUCUGUAAAAUGGGUUUAUGUAAUAAUUUUUGGAUGAUAGUACGACAUUGAUCAGUAAUGAUUAAUUAUUAAAAUUUCAUGGAUA